UUGUAGAUGGAAACAUUGAGUCAGAUAAAUGGCCCAGACUGAAAUGUAGACAGCGACAUCUCGAACUUACAGUCAGAGAAACGUUGGUAGCGACUCCCACAGGGCGGGGCUGCUAAAGAGCAGCAUUUGAACCGGAAGUAAGUCAAAACGAAGAAUUUUAAUGAGGCGACAAAUAAUUAGGAUUUUAAACCCCAACGAGUGGCGAGCUCUGUGUAUCAUCUCAGUCUGAGCAUAUGAUGGUUACAGGACAGUUAUCACGGGCAGGUUAAUAUGUGCAGAUGAAUGACCGGUCUUUGUAGCUUUAAAACAAAAGGCGCUGCCGCCGUGGGUUAGCGUUACUCAUUGCGUGUUGUAGCCAGCGGCCCGGUCUCUGCCCCGGUGCCGGCGAAAACGAAAACAGACUCCGUUUGGAUACCGACUUCGGUACACCGACACCCCUGUACAUAGAUAGUUGUAGCCGUGUUCUUAUGUCUCGUUCUGCAAGCAGGGACCCGCGAAGAAAUCUCCGAAGAUGUCGGGUGCUACUAACAGCCACUUUAUGUAUUUCGCUUUUGGGAGCAACUUGUUGAAGGAAAGACUACAGUUGGCAAAUCCCUCUGCGACAUUUUGUUCUACUGGUCGACUGAAGGAUUAUGAGUUGAACUUUGGCCUGUGGGAGCAACAUGUGGACAACGCUUGGCAUGGCGGAGUGGCCACCAUUGAGUCCAGUCCAGGCGCAGAAGUGUGGGGGGUAAUCUGGACUUUGAGCAAUGAAAACCUCACAAGCCUGGACAACCAGGAGGGGGUGAGCGAGGGGAUAUACUCGCCGCUGGAGGUUUCAGUGGAGACUGACAAAGGAGUGAUGCGCUGCAGGACUUAUCAGAUGAACAACUUCCACGCUUGUCCUCCCUCUCCUCAGUACAAACAGGUGGUGUGUUUGGGUGCACAGCAGAACGGCCUCCCAGCGGACUACCUGAAGAGGCUGGAUGUCAUUCAAACCAACAACUACAGCGGCCCCUCAGUCCUUGAUCAAAUCAGAGCAGCUAUGAAGUAGAGUUUACACAUUUAUCUUUGAACUUGGAAACAGUGGUUGACAAAAAUAACCUCACCACAAGGUCCAGGUUUAAGGAGCUGUUCUGAGAACAGAAUAGAAAACAAUAUUGAAUACAGAAGAACUAAUGAAUGAAACUUACUGGCAGUUUCUGGGGCUUUCAACCAAAUUUCAUUGUUCUCAUCAUAAGCUAUUGUAUCAUACGUAAUAGUGAAAGUGUUGAUAGUGGAAUAAUUAACUGAUAAUAAUGUAAUAUUUAAUAGUGAAGUUAAAGAAUAUAGUCUCCCUUCACAGAAUGUGAAAAAAGAUAGUAAGUGGACAUUACGUUAAGAUUUUCUUUGUCAAACUAUUUUUUAGAUAAAGACUAACAUGGUUAUGUAGAAUAGGCAUCACUGUGUGGCCAGAAGUUGAUAAUGCAUGCUCUUAAUGCUGAGACAUUUGGCUGGGCCCAACAUGUACCUUCUCGUGACAAAUGUGUUUUAGAGCUAUCACAAUAGUGAAGAGACUGUAAGACUGAAGUGUAAAUACAGAAAACAGUUGAAUUUUAGUGUUUCUCAGGGGAAUAUUAAACACAGAUGAAGAACCCUAA